AUGCACAACUCGCAAGAGUUUGGCGAAGGCAUACAGCCACAGCUUGUGAGCUUCUCAGCCGGAGAGUUGAAUAUUACAAAGGCAGAUGACGCACUACCCAGAGAGAUCAAUUCGCUCAAAUCACGAAUCGCUGAUCUGGAAAGGAGACUCGUAACUUCUCCAGGCGACCGUAGAGAAUGCAUACAAACUCCACGAUCCGAAGCAGGGGGCCUCGUUCCGUCUUACGAGCGUGCACCAUCACAUCUUAGCUACCAAUCCCCUGUCGCCUCUACUGGGCCUCUUUCCAGCCAUGAAUCUCAGGGACUAUCCAGCCCUCAUAUCGCCGAAGGCCCCCUCAAAGCUUUGAACAGCUUUCGGGCAGAACACCUUUUUGAGUCUGAAAGAAACGACCCUGUGGCUGGGUCAAUCAUCACCGAAGGAGAAGCUUAUGUCAUGUUCCGACUAUAUUUCGCGAAUUGCCACCCAAACGCGCCAUUUCUGGAUAAGGAGCAUGACAACAACAUUGAUCGCAUCCGGUCCAGCAGUGCUUUAUUGUUCCUCUCUAUUCUCUCCGUCGGUGCUCGCUUCUGGGGAGCGUCAUCAAAAAGCUCUUGUUGGCUCCACCAUCGGUACCCCGAGCUGGUUAAAAUGCUAGAUGCUGAGCUGAUGCGAAUAACUCUUCGCCCCAGACAUGAUGAUCAAAAACUGGAAACAGUCCAAGCACUCCUAAUAUGCACACAUUGGAUGCCUUUUGAUCUUGCUAACCACAAAGAGAAGUUUCGGUCCCGCUUCUCGGAAUCUGCAGCUUGGCAAUGCUUAGGCUUAGCCAUUAGAUGGGCUGUGUACAUGGGGUUUGAUCAAACCUGCCAUAUCAAGUUUCAUAACCUUGAAACGGUAACACAAGAGGAUAUGUGGCGAAAUUUGUCCAAGGAAGUGAACAUCAACUCUAUUCCAACGAGACUGGAGCCUGACCCAAGUGUGGUGCAAAUGAUGUCGUUCGCAAUCGACCAUUACCACGUUGUUAUCGCUUAUGCCGCUUUCAUUCUUGUUAAAAGCUGGUUGAGUAACCUCACGGAUAUGGACCUUCGUCCUCAUCUCCAGUACUCGGGGGAAAACCUCAACCGACAGGCUUCGCACUCAUUGCUCUUCCGAUUAGUUGAUCUUGCGGCGCGCACCCUAGACGCAGCCAGUCCACCAAUAGGUCACCUCGCACGCCGAUAUGUACCAUUGCUCAACGGAAUGGCGGGCUUGGUAUCGGCAGGGAAUAGACAGAAUGCACAAUUUCACGCCGGGGGUAGUGAUGCAGGGGUUGCCAUUGCGGAAGCAAACCCCGUUCACACUGGACAGGCACAGAAUGCUCUCGGUGACGACUUGUGGGAGAUGUGGCAGGAAGCGGGCCUAGAGCCUAUGGUAUGGCCGAGUUUGCUGGAUGAGAUAUUUGGAGAGCUUUGA